AAGUGUGCAGGGAAACAGAAGCCAAAAAAACCUCGAACAAGGUUUGGUUCAGAGCCAUCGUGGAGCAGAAUGCUGCUGGAGACUGUACUCCUCCAGCCGAAGACAUGACCAACUCCAAAAGACACGUCUUUACUUCUGUUUCCCUCGCUAUGACAAGCUGAAUUCCUAUUGCGUUUCCUCUGUUUCCGCGUCUGAGCCCCACGUCCGUCCGUCCGUCCGUCCGUUUGCUGUGGUGCGACAGAUCCUCUUUUGCUGUUGCGGAGGCUGAGGACUCCGGGCGCUUGGGGGGGGCGAAGGGCUAACGCGCGCCUUCGAAUCAAAAUCCCGACUUGAUCCGCGCCCCGACCAUCUCCUUCCGACCCACCUCUGGAAUCGCUGAAUUCUGCUCCCGAGGCAACGAGUUGAUACACAGCUCGCGUUCGUUUAGCCUGUAAAAUCGAGCACCCGAGGGUAUCUUCAUUUACAGUGGAGGAGUUGCGAUGGUUCCUAGGAGGGAACUAUGUCGAAUCUUGCUUGAAGGGAGACACUUUUGCGGCGCGUAUGCCCGACUUUAUAGCGCCAAAGUGGACUUGAAAAAGCUCCGGCCUAUGAUUAUGAAGAGGAUUGAAGGCAGGGCCAAGGACUAUCCGGUCCCCGGUAUGGUUCCCGUUGCGCAAGAAGUGUUGAAGGCCAGGACUUUGCUCAUCCAGGGCGUAUCGACGCUUCUUAGGUUCUUCCCAGUUGCAGCUUGCAAAUUAUGUUCGGAAGUAUAUGUAGGUGAAAAGGGACACCUAAUUCAAACAUGCCGUGGUUAUAGGCCUCGUGGCAAAAAUCGAGUUCACGAAUGGAUCAACGGUGGAAUAAAAGAUAUUCUUGUACUGGUUGAGGCAUUUCAUCUUAAAACGAUGUUCCAAGAUGUCAUAAAGCACCAUCAGCGGUUUGAUUAUGAUCGUAUACCUGCUGUUGUUGAGCUAUGCUAUCAGGCUGGAGCUGAUUUGCAUGACGAGAAUCUGCAGUGCAUGCCUGAAUCUGAUGAUGCUCAGAUCGAGGGCAAUGAAGCCGAGGUUAUCUUGGCUGAUGAUCUGAUGUUGAUAGCAAAUGGGACUCUGAGGGCAUGGGAGACGCUUAGGUCUGGUGUGCAGAAGUUAUUAUUAGUUUACCCAGCAAAAGUCUGCAAGUACUGUUCAGAAGUUCAUGUUGGGCCAUCUGGCCACAAGGCUCGGGUAUGUGGGGUAUUCAAGUACCAGAGUUGGCGUGGUGGUCACUUCUGGAAGAAGGCUGAGGUGGAUGAUCUGGUGCCCUCAAAUAUUGUUUGGUUCCCUCGACCUCAAGAUCCUCCUGUGCUGGUAGACGAAGGAAGGGAUUUCUAUGGUCAUGCCCCUGCUGUAGUGAGUUUGUGUGUGCAGGCUGGUGCUAUUCCUCCAGCCAAGUACCAUUGUAUGAUGAAAAUCCAAGGUCAAACUGCACCUGUUUCAACCAAGCUUUGAAGCACGAUAUGGAUUUGAUUACAGUUCGGAUGCUCUCAUCUUGCACAGUCUUAUACCUGCAGCUUCAGAUGCUUGAGGCAAGCACACUUUUUCUCUUGCGGCUUGUCAUAAGUGAAAAUCUUCAGCGGCAUGUCUUCCAUCAUAUUUUCGCGUGAUUCCUCUCACUAAUAGCUACUAUCUAGGCCAUUUACAUGAAGAAUGAUGUUCUGCCUCUGAGGUGGAACAGAGAAGGACUGACAAAUUAGUUGAAUAUCCACCAAUGUAUUGAGAAAUGAAGAAUAGCCAUUUUAGACAAUAAAGUUAAUGGCGGAGAAGGGAGCAAAUCUCCUUUUUACAGUGAAAUGACCAAUUAUUCCACAUAUUCCUGUCUCAAUUUUCUUUUGAUCCAGCAGCAUGAUGGUGCACCCCUUACUGUAUCCAAGUCCAUGGAUAACAAUUAACAUGCCAUUUUGACCCAUUAGUCUGUUGCUUUUCCAGUUUCUCUUAUUGAUCAGGCAAGCUCAAAUGAGGCAAUGUAAGGAGUGAGUUCGAAGAAAGGGACAAAAUUUGUGCUUUUUUUUAUAUCUGAUUCUGAUGUUGGUAUAGAAUGAUUAGACAGAAAUGGUUGGAUAUGCUUCUUUGUCAUUGUGCUGUAUGAAGUUUGGAAGUGUUUCUCUGAACGACAUUCACCAGAAUAAUAAAUAUACAGAUGAUUUGUUCUUGCUGCUA